UCAGCGAAGAGGGAAGGAGGGAGGGCGAGAGAGAGAAUGUCGGCGAUACAGAGGGCGGUUCGGAGCAUUCACUCGGCGGCGGGAUGCCCUCGCCUGACGAAAUUCUCUCUUCAUCCUCCUAAGAACGUAGAGGUGGAAUUCGCCAAUGGUAGUGUCUAUAAUUUGUCUGCUGAGUUUCUAAGAGUACAUAGCCCAGCUGCUGACAGCAAGAUUAGGUCAGUUGGAGGUGAAAAGGUAAUCUCUGGAAGGCAUCAUGUAGGCAUCAUGUCUGCUGAACCCAUAGGGAACUAUGGGGUGAGGAUACUGUUUGAUGACUUGCACAAAACCGGGAUCUACACCUGGGAUUAUUUGUAUCAUCUUGGGAGCAAUAAGUUCACCCUUAUGAGAAAUUACAUCGGAACUCUGAAGAAGCAUGGACUUUCUCGAGAUCCACCUAGAAGAAAGUGAAAACUUUUUUUUGGUUACAAUUCCUUUGACCUCUUCAACUGGCAUCGUAUUGAUGGAUGCGAAGCUUAGUGGAGGAUCUCACCCGCUUGUUAUUAGUUGCACGAGGAGGUGUUCUUCUGGCAAUAUAGAUGGCAAUUAGCAUUUAAGAUUAUGAUUCACCAAUUUUUAACAGUUCCCUUUGCUCUUUGCAGAGGUCUAAGAAGAUCCAACAGAAGCUUGUUCCAAGUUUUUAUGA